GAAAAACGCAAAGCAACUUCAUUCUGCUAUUAUUGUUACUCCUUCUUCCUCCUUCUUCUCAACAUCAGAUCAUCAUCGCUAUAUACCUACUCGCUCCAGUCAUCUUCCAAACCUGAUGAGGUGAAACUUGAAAAUUGAAUGCGAGAGUGAUGGAGAAACCAGGAGCUGGUGGAAGGCCAAAGGCAGUUGACAUAUGGGAACACGUCAUGGUGUUGGAAGGGAAAAAAGUGAGGUGUAAACAUUGUGGAUUUGAAUUUGCAGCAAGUGCUAAUCGCAUCAAAUCUCAUAUUCAUCAAAUCAAGGGUCAGGGAAUUCGUCUGUGUACUGCUUUUCCUCAGCUUUGCGAUACUGCUUCCAGAAAAGUCACCAACAAUUUGAAAGGGAAAGAAGACCUCAUUGAUUCACAAGAUUUAUCAACACUGGAUAGGGCAAGAGAUUAUAACAAACCCAGUGAAACAAUGAUUGAGUGUCACAUGUCCCCCAAAACAAUGUGGGAAGGGAUAAAGGCUCUCCAACAAACACAAAUCCAUCAAGAGAGGUUUCAAGUUGGCCCUUUCUCUGUUUCUCAUAUGGUGAAUGAACGUGACUUGCAGUUGAUACAAUAUGUUUUUGAACAAUCAUGUGAUGAGACAAUUUUCUCCUCACCACCACGUUUAUAUUUGAAUCAAUAUGAAUUUACCACACUUAGACCGCAGACUUGUUUGGAUUCUUUGGUAAUAGAUGUUUUUGUUGAUAUCUUGACUGACACUGAAAGGAAGAAAAGUAAACUUCUGAAUUGGUAUCUUCCGGUGAUGUUUUCGCAUGUAGCAUUCAAUAGUGGUGAUUUAAGUUUGUUCCUUGACUUUGUUGCACGACAUAAAAUGGAAGAGAACUACAUGCCUGACUCCAUAUAUUUUGAGAAGAAUCAAGUUGUUGAAAUAUGGGAUUCUCUUCGCGAUCAUUUUGUGGAUGAAAGUGAACGUCAACAAAGAACAAAUAAACUGUUGCUUGCUAUGGAGAAACUCUUCGGGGACGUUGCGUUCGCAAAAUUUCACCAGAGAAUGGCAAGCAAUAUCUCAUUACAGCCUAAUGAUAAUGGAUAUGAUUGUGGUAUAUUUGUUAUUAAAUAUAUGCAACAAUCAGAUAAUUAUGUGAGCCAAAAUCCUUCAUUUCAGUUUGACAGUAAUAAAGAAAGAUUGGAUUUGGCUUUAGAGUUGCUCAAGAGUGACUUAAACCAAGAAAGAGAAAUACUAUAUCAUAAAGCAGCAGGAAGCCAUUCACAAGUUCUAGGUGAAGAAGAUAUAGACUCAUGUGGAAUUAAUAGAAAGCAGGUUGACAAAUGCAAAACAAUAUUUGAUGUUGGCAAAGGGGCAUAUAUGGAAUUGGAUGAUUCUAAUGCUAGAGUCAAGAGAAAAAAUGUCAGCUCGAAGACAGGAUGUGUUAAAGGUUAUGUAUUGCCAACAACGGAGUUAGUGGGAGAGAAGUUUCAAAGUUAUAUCAAGCAACUAUGGAAAUGGAUAUCAGAAAAAGAGGUAUCAACAAUUGGGAUAUGGGGAAUGAGAGGAGCAGGGAAAACAACUUUAGCAACUCAUGUGAAUAAUAUGCUUUUAGAAGAAGCCAGUGAUACCUUUGACCAUGUUAUUUGGGUUACUGUAUCACAAGAUGAUAGCAUUUAUGAGUUGCAAAAGGCCAUUGCAAGAUCAAUUAAUUUAGACAUAUCUGAUGAGCAUGAUGUGAAAAGAAUAUCUGGGAAAUUAUUGCAAGCAUCCAAACAUAUAAAUAGAUAUGUGCUUAUUUUAGACAAUGUUUGGGAUCCUAUCUUCUUAGAAGAGGAGGUUGGAUUUCCUAUUUCGAAUAAUGGGAUUAAAUUGAUCUUGACAACUCGUUCGCGGGAAGUGUGCCAAAUAAUGAACUGCAUGAAGAGCAUAAUGCAAGUGGAACCAUUAAAUGAAGAAGAUGGUUGGGAAUUGUUUAAAGCAACUCUUGGAACCUAUAUAAUACAAUUUAGUAAAGUGGAGCCAAUAGCAAGGACUGUGGCAAAACAAUGUAAGGGUUUGCCCCUUGCAAUCGUUAAGAUAGCGAGAAGCAUGAGGGGAAAAGAACACGAGAGAGAGUGGAGUCGUAUGUUGGAAUGCCUUCAAAACUUGGACGAUGGGCAAAGUGAUAUGGACAAGUGGGUAUUUUCGGUAUUGAAAUUGAGCUAUGCUUGCCCAGAUAAUAAAUUACAAAGAUUUUUUUGGCACCCUGCAAUAAGUAACAAAGAACAUACUUGCGCUUCAUGCAAAUUGCUCAGACGCCGAUGCGCCAUAGACUGCAUUUUCGCUCCCUAUUUCCCUUCCGACGAUCCCCAAAGGUUCGCCAUCGUUCACAUGGUUUUUGGAGCUAGCAACGUCAGGAAAAUGUUACAGGAACUUCCGGUGCACCAGAGAACCGAAGCAGUGAGCAGUCUAGUGUAUGAAGCUAGUGCGAGAGUGAGAGACCCUGUUUAUGGUUGUGUUGGGGCCAUAUCGUACCUGCAAAACCAGGUCUCGGCGCUUCAAAUGCAGCUUGCGGUGGCUCAAGCAGAGAUACUCUGCAUCCAGAUGCAGAAUGAUCCGAUGAUGCUGACAAACCCAGAAAUUGAGGCCCCCCAUCACCCCAAGUCCUUCUUUCUCCAAAAUGACCUCCCUCAGUAUCUCAAUUUAACUUCUUCUUGCAAUGUACUUCAUCGUGAUCACUCUCUCAAGAGAGAUAGCAUCUUUGGACACGACAUGUUUCUUGAAUAAGAGUUUCUCACAUGCUUUAGGUUUCA